AUGAGUGAACAUAAGGCCAAUCUUGUUGAGAGAAAAAGGCGGAUGUCGAAGAAAUUGGAUGAUGCUGAUUUGAUACCUCAACACUUCGAAUAUGAGAAUCAAUAUGAGAAGUGGAGAGCGGCGAAUCCGAGAAUUGAGUAUGACUUCUCGGUGGACCAAUCUGGCUACAUCUAUUGGAUAUGGACGUUCAUUGUAGUUUGUGGAUCUCUCUACAAUAUCAUAGUCCUAUCUGUCCUGGCUUUCGAAAACAUUCGAUCUGCAUAUCUGGAAAAGUUUCUUCCAAUUAAUGUUGCAUUUGAUGUCAUAUUUUUUAUGGAUAUCAUUAUUAGGUCGAUGCUUUCAUUCUACGAUGAGGGAGUACUGUUUCUAUUUCGGAAUCGAUUUGCUUGCAAUCUUUCCAUUCGACUAUCUGCUAAUCAGAAGACUUCUGCCGCAUUUUGCAGACUAAAUCGAUUUCUGAAAAUCUACAGAAUCGCGAAUUUCAUUGCCCAGUCUUAUGGAAAAUUAACACAGGUCACAAUAUCGCUAUCGAAAAUCAUCACUGCCUGUUUUCUCCUUUUUCAUGUGAAUGCGUGUGUAUUCUAUAUCAUUUCGGUGAAUAGUGAUACGUCGUCGUGGGAUGGCGUCAAUGCUACAUUCGACGAUGACGAAUACUUGCCAUGGCCAUACACCCCUGAAAAAAUUACAGAUGCCUACUUCGUUGGGUGUGAUGGUCGAACAGAUUGUUACAAUCCAAAUUUCUAUUACGAUGAGGCAAGAGAAGAACAUCUCGUGGAACUGUAUCACUUCUGGCGGAUGAACAACAGAACCCAAGUGUUCAACUUCUCUACAUUCACAAAAGAAUACACUCUUUCGAUGUACUGGUCAGCAAUGACAAUGACCACUUUGGGUGAGCAACCGGCUCCAAAUACAUCAAUUCAAAAUGCAUUCGAAAUUAUAAACACGUUAGCUGGUCUCCUUCUUUUUGCCGUUAUCAUGGGAAGUAUCGGAGACUUGGUGGCAAAUGCGAACGCUGUGAAAACGUAUUGGCAGACGUUGAUGGACGGUUUAAAACAGUAUAUGACUUAUAGAAAUCUAAACGAGAGCUUGCAAACCAAGGUUUUGAAAUAUUGCGAAUACGAAAUGGCAGAAGAGACAAUAAUGAAAGAACAUGAAGUGAGGGAUGAGUUGCCAACGAAAUUAUACGGACAUGUUACUACCUCGAUUAUUGGAUCAUCUUUGGUGAAGUCGCCAUUGUUUCGGGUAUCCGAACGAAGUUUCCUGAACGACAUAUCUGAACUCCUUGAACCCCACUACUUUUGUCCAGGAGAUGUGGUUAUCGAAAAAGGACAGUUUUGUAGUUCCAUGUUGAUCAUAGUCUGUGGUCAAAUGGUUGAAAUGGCGGAUGACGGAGAGGUCGAUCAUUAUGAGGGAGAAAUUCUAGGAGAUGUCAACUUGAUUUGGUUCAAUAAUCAUUUGAAUAAUAACAGACAUCAACAUAAUUUUGUGUCGAGUGCCUUCUCACAAAUUCAUAUGUUGAGUCGAGAUGAUUUUUUCAAAGUUUUGAGUUCUUAUGAUCCGAAAUUGAAACGAAGACUUUGUGAUGUUGCAUUCUAUUUGCAAAAACAGCGAGGAGAAUUAGACGACAAUAAGCGGAGUUUAGUAGAGAAUGAAGAUAUGGAGACGAAUUUGAAACGAUUAGCAAUCGACACUCUAGAAUUGCACGACAAAAUGGGCGAAGUGGAGGAAGUGUUUUGGGUGAGGAGUCGAGAAAAAGAGGGAAACACCGCACGCUUGUGUAUGACAAGAAGGCAUACAAAAGAUGAUGCCCGCGUGGUGUAUGUGAAAUUCCAACGGAAAGCGAAAAAGAAGCUAUUCAAGAGUGAGAUGACCGCCAUUGACCUUUUGAACAGCAGAAAGAAAAUGAGGCGGAGAUUCUGA